UCUUGUGUUAAGGAGGCGCUGGAGAAUAAAGGGCGGAUGUGUUCCUGCUGCCCGGAGAUGGCGCCUGCUGUUGUGGUGGUAGCGCUUUAUCCCGUUUAUUUAGAAUAUUGCUCAAUUCCGCCCUCGCCGGCUAGGUGCCUUUGCUGCCAGGCAUCUAGCGUCGAGGCUCCUGGGUGGAAGUCCAUACGGUCACUGCUUCCUUGUAACUUGCCCUAAGCUUGUACAGUUGAAAAAUCACUUCUGGGAUCACUGUGAUUCGACACGAGCUUUUGUUGGCUAAGAAAGUAUGGAUCUGCCUGGCAUUUUUCUGAGGGAAGCAAUGAGACUGAAACUUCUGCGCCUUCGGACUAGAUCUUUCCAUGCUUUAACAACAACAUGCCAAAGCUUUAAUAAAAAUGGAUGUCCACUAUUAAAGCUGAAUAAUGAAGUUGACAGAAGAGCUCAACGAACAGCAAAAUCUUGGAAUUUGUAUGCUCUGAAGACUGCUUCCCCUUGUUUGACAAGUCAAUGUGUGCAAGUCAAGAAUUGGCAGUUAUUCCAAGGAAAUGUAUCAGCUGUGGGAAAAAAUGUUUAUUAUCAGAGUGGGGAGGUUUUUUUUCCACCCUGGAAACGUUUUGGUGUGGUGAUGACGGAAAACUACAAUCUCAAUACAGAGCAUAUUAAAAAGCUUUGGAACAUAUCAUCAAGAUUUUACUCGGUUGUAUCAGCUGGUAAAAUUAUUCCAAAACACAGUAACCAGCCAGUUAAGAGGCCACCAAAAGCACCAAGGACCAAGCAGCCGUCCAGAACUAACCAGCCACUACUGUCGGACAUGGAGAAUCUGAUGCAGUGCACAGCCUUUGCAACAGCAGAUGAAUAUCAUCUUGGUAAUCUGUGUCAUGACCUGACUUCACAUGGAUAUGUUGAAAUAACAAGUUUGCCUAGAGAUGCUGCAAAUGUUUUGGUGAUUGGUACUGAGAAAUCUGCAAAAGAAGAUGAUCCUGGCAUGAUUUUUUUCUUCAGGGAAGGGGCUGUUGUGUUUUGGAAUGUGGAAGAGAAAAGUAUGAAGAAUAUAAUGCGAGUGCUGGAGCAGCAUGAAAUUCAGCCAUACGAAGUUGCACUAGUCCAUUGGGAGAAUGAAGAGAUGAACUAUAGAAUAGGAGAAGGCCAGUCAAAGCUUCAUAAAGGAGAAAUCUUGUUAAAUUCUGAGCUGGACAGUGAUGAAGUCGUUCUGCAGAAAUUUGCUUUUUCAAAUGCCCUUUGUCUUUCUGUAAAGCUGGCUAUUUGGGAAUCGUUAUUGGAUAACUUCGUGGAAUCUAUCCAGUCAAUUCCCGAGAUACUGAAGUCACGAAGGAAGGUGAAACUGUCCCAUGCAGAUGUAAUGCAGAAAAUUGGAGAACUCUUUGCAUUAAGACACCGUAUAAAUCUGAGUUCAGACCUGCUAAUAACACCGGACUUCUACUGGGAUAGAGAAAAACUGGAAGAGCUUUAUGACAAGACUUGCCAGUUUCUCAACAUUAAUCGCAGAGUUAAGGUAAUGAAUGAGAAACUUCAGCACUGCAUGGAGCUGACAGACCUAAUGAGAAAUCACCUGAAUGAAAAGCACGCUCUGCGCCUCGAGUGGAUGAUAGUAAUACUCAUCACCAUAGAGGUUCUGUUUGAACUUGCAAGGGUAGUUUUCUGAUGACAGAAGAAACUGAGGAAAAAGAAAACGGACAAAACCAUAAAGACCGUAUGGCCCAGAAAAUUCCUGUCUAUCAUAUGCUUCUGGAAAAUAGUCUAAUUGUGUCUCUUGGUAAUUAUGUACAUAUUCUACUCAAAUAAAAUUGAAAAAAAAAAUCAGUCAGUGAACAUUAUUCCCAACUGUUGUAUUGGUGAUGCUAAAGAAUUCUUUAUCUAUGGCUGUGCUAAUAUAAAGCUGAGAUAUUAAUAACGUAUUUGUAGGGGAAGUAGUCCUGGAUGCAUGCAGAACUGAUCCAGGGAGAGAUUUAGCUUUGUUUCCUUCAUAAGCAAGGACGGAAGGAUGGACCCCUUCUGUGCUGACUGUAUAAAUUCGGUGAAGGACCCUACUACCUUGUCCCCUUGACAGUUAAAAAGAUGCUGAGUACUCUGCUACUUCGUGCAUUUCUGACUGAUGAUGUUUUCCCUCAUUUUCCCCAGCUCCUUCUUGGAUAGCCAUGACGCUUGUCCCAAGCUUGGAAACUGCACUGCUAUUUCUUCUCCUUAAGUUACCUGGCAGGAUUUUAAUAUACCUGGCAGAUAUAUUUAAUAUUAUGUUCUACCCCAUCACAAAAAGGUAUUUACAUACUUGUAUGGGAACACAUUUAUUUAGAAGAUAUUUAUAUGAAAGGGGAACUAGCUGAACUUUAUCUGUCAGAGGAAGAUGUAGCAGAAUGAGAAACUAAAGUAAGGUUCACAAAAUUUCUCUAUUACUAGACUGUCUGUCUUAUCCUAUUACCUGAUUCUUACCAGUACAAGUUACAAGGAGUGAAUUAGCAUAGGGUAAGAUAUCUUAAUUAUCCUCUAGGGUAAAAGGGUUUUGUUUGUUUUCAGUCUACUCCUAGGCUAGAGGAGUGUAGAUUGCUAUCUCCACCACUCUUAGGAGAGGGUAAGGGAAUUUUUUCCCCAGCAGCUUCUCUUUCUAAACGUGUUUUCAGGAGCUACUACACAAUUGCUAUUUUAUCACCUUUUGCAAAAUCAGGUUAGUCUAGUAUAUUGCUUCAGGAACAUAAUCGAAGAAUUUUGUUAAAACCUCCUGAAGCAUCACAAACGAGCCAUGAUGACUAAAUUCAGGCUAGAAGUGCGAUUAUGUUUGCAGUAGCUUACUGUUGUCUCUGCACCUGAAAGCAGUAUUUCUGGAUGUGAUAGUAGACUCCUCUUGAAUACAUCAAACACAUUCACAGGGAAGGAGCUAGGAAAAGCAUCCUUUUGCCGUAAGUUACGUUACCAGUGCCACAGGAGCCUCUUGAGAAGCAGCAGCUCCUCUUCAGAGUAGGCUGUCUCCUCGGAACAGGUCAUACCCGGAGGCCUUGGUUCUGGAACAAUGUGGCUGCUACAGCUCUGACCUGCUGAGGUCUGAACCGUCACCCCCACUCAGGGAAGUGACUCAGUCAACUGAACAGCUUGGUGGAAAAGUCUUGGAGUACUACACUGCGGAGCAGCUCCUCAUCACUCAUCUCCUGGUUUAUACAGCGUUAUUAUAGAAACAGGACAUUAGAUCCUUUAUGCAGUAGAAAAACUUGCCAAGCACCAUUUCAUUCCAGUAACAGAGAAUUAGGUUAUAUUUUAAUUGUAAUUUUUCUAGCAAACAUUUUUCACCCCUUAGACAAAUAGGCUUUUUUUCCCCCCCAUUUGAGUAUAAUACUUAUGCUCAAGAACAUAAGUUCCCAUUCAUCUCACAUUGAAUGUUUUUCAGUAUUUCAGCUAAAUUGCUAGAACACAGAUUUGCAGGCCAACUGCAUCUAUCAGGAAAAGUGGCUUUAACGAAGUCAUUUGAGGACCUUAGAUGCUCUUUAAAAGCAUAAAGUGUCUAGGCUUGAUUACCUCAGAUGUUGUGUCUUGGGACUGUAUUUAAGAGUUACCAAGUCAAACACCUCAGAACAAGAGAAGCACGGUUACUUCUGAAACCUUAAAUCAGUUUAUAUCAGCACAUUAAAUCGUAGCCAUAAAAUCGCAGUCUCUCUUCCCACCAAGCCCCCAACCCCAUUUACUGUGUUGAGUGGCUGUUCACAGUUUUGCAGCUGUAGUUAAGCCUCAACUGUACAUUAAGAUUUUGUAUCCAUCUUUUUCACAAUGUACCCGGUGGCAGCUGUGUCACAGUUUGAGGGGUUUUUGCUCUAACAACUAACCGUAAAACUUCUUGCAAAGUGAGAAUAUUCUCACGAUAUUACACAUAGAGAACCAAGACCAAGCUGAGAAGUUGAGCGCAUCAAGAACCUAACUUGAGCUUUCACAGCACAAUAUACUCAGAGAGCAGAGCGCUCCUGUGACCAGACAGCACUUAGGAAACUCGGGGAGACUUAGGAAAUCUUGUGGGGACCCUGUGCAAGUAUAUGCAUGGCCUCACCGGGAAGAAGUUCUAUGGCAGAGACAAGACGAGACUCCAGUUCCAGAAGCAGCCCAAAACUGCCUGAGCUGCGAGAACCUUGUCUUUUGUCUGCCUCGUCCACCACACGCCUUCAUCGCGUAACUGAAAAGAACCACCUUCACUACACAGUUUGCACAGUUUAAGCUCUCACCGAAAUGGGUCCGUUCUAACCAGUAAGGGUCACCUAGGGGAAAAAAAAACAAAGAUGCAAUAGCAAUUAAUAUAGACUAUACAAAGAAAACCGAAGACUUCUAGUAUACCUAGAACUCUAAAAUUUUAACCUUUUUAACAAAAUUAAGACUGUUUGUUAAGGCAAAAUUCUGUUCAUAUGGAACCUUGUUAGACCAUCCUUUAUAAGGAUCCCAGCUGCGCAGACUGCUUCUAUCUGUGCUUUUUUCCAUCAGAUGAGGUAAAGGACAAUUUACAGAUGAUUUUCUUUGGCAGAUCUGCUACAAAGUUGUUCUAAGACUAGCUAUUUGUAAAACAGCAAAGAAUGCUGGGAGUAGGCACUCCUGACUUCCACUACUAUUUUUGUGGGGUAACAGCUACAGUGGCUGCAGAGUCGGUCCCUGUUCUCAAUCGCACGGCUCAGCACAUCAGCCCAGCUGGUGGGAUGAGCAACUGCAUGUACGUGACAUCUCCCUGUGAAAAACUCAUAUAUUCUCUCUGAAAAAAAAAAAAAAAGGUAUAUUCAGUCCAGCCAGCACAUACCAGCUUGGAUGAGAAGAAUGAUGUUCUCGCCGACUUUAAGCACCUGCCUGAAACAAAAAUACAAGAACACUAAAACAUGUAAGAAAGAGUCUCUCUCCUUCCCCAUCCUACCGGAGCCCUAAGAACCGAACAAACUUCAGCUCAAAGUUUCCAAAGGGGAAAACAAGACAGAUACUUUGUGCCCACUAAAUGAGUUAUUUGCCCAUAGCUAAGUAACAAAGUUGCCUUGUACAGGACUGUACCAGACAUUACGGCAAGACACAGCUGUAUGUCCUCCGUAGUGAUGAUGGUUGUGGUGAACCUUUUCCACUCUAUGGAUCCUUCAUGUGUAGGCCAAUUUAGAAAUUGCAAGAGGCACUGGUUUACUGAGUUUGCCAGUUUACUUUUCUCAGGCACUUUCCUAGACCAUCAAGAUAAUGUGCAAGGAAAGCCUACAGGCUGGUAGCUCCUGAUCUGUGACGUACCACCUUCCUUCACCGGACAGAAUUUAACAUCUGCCAAGAGUCUCAUUAUCCUUGUCUACAAACUGGUUUAUGAUACUGGCGUGACAACUACCAAAAAGAAAUGCAGAGUCUGAGGUACUCAGAUACAGCAAGUGAUAUGCAUGGGGUUUAAAAACCAUAACCACUGCCCAAAACACAUGUUGUCUUGGGGGGAAAAAAGCUUAACUAUCUGUCUUAACUAUCUAGGAGGGGGGAAGAGUGUCCUGAAAUGUAUAUAGCCCCAGCUGAGAAAAGGAUUUUUAAGAGACUGCAAUUCUUUACAGUCAGCAGGAAAGCAAAGAUCUUUGUUAACCUUAGAAAAUUAUUUUGCUGUAGCUAUACGCUGUAGGAGGUAGCCUGUUUCUUCCCAUCCCCAAAGUGCCUGCCAGUGACAUAUUUCUUGACAUCCCCUGUGUAACUCAGUACUACACAUAAACCCCAGUGCCUGAAUCUCAGAAAACUAAGCAAUUCCAACUAUUUGGGGUCCUCCAACGUUUUUGUCGGAGUAAGACUUAGACAGACCUAGUCGCACUGGGGAAAAAGAACAAAAAAAAUCCUCUCUCCUCGCACGCAUAGCGUGACAACCACCCCCAUUUCUGAUUCUUUAAACAAACUUUGUUAAACAAACUUGAAACAAAGAGAAGCAUUUUUUUCUUUCCCUCUACUUUGAGUUGUUGAAGGCAUCAGAGCUACGGCUAGUAUCACCGUUUCUCUCUGUUAGUGCUUUGCCCGGUUGAUGUCCAUCUUCAAGCUCCAGCCACUCAAUAAGUACAUUUUCCAAACUGGUGAAAUAUAUUGAAGUAUAUUGACUACUAAAUGAUGGUAACUGCUAAUUACUAUCGCCCCCUAUAUACUUUUUAACUUUCCUAACUAAGCUUGAGUCAAUGCUGUCGAAUUGUUAUUUGUUCAAAACCAUUAUAUUAAGUAUCUCAUGAGCUUAAAGCCACCAUUUAGAUGAUAUUACAUAGUAACGUGAACAAAGUAUCAAUGCUAUUUCCCUUAGAGCAUCUUUCUCCUCAGAACACCUCAGCUGCACAGGCUUUAAAAAUGCACUCACUACAGUUGCAGUUUGAAUCCUUUCUUCCAAGGAAAAAAAAAAAAACACGCAAGCACAUAUAUUACUAUAACUUUACAGUCAUGCUCCAACUAAAAAUGUCACUCCAGCCAAGAAUGCAUAGUCACGUUUGAACUUUCCCAGUUACAAGCGGGCAGGGCCCACGUAACAGGCUAAUGUGGGACUAAGGCAAAGCCAGAAAGUCGAGGGCUAAUCUACGCUGCAGAAACUGCGUCAGUUCAGUCACACCAACAAUUCCUGAUGCAGAUGAGACUCCUAGCAAGAAAAAUUCUAUACAUAGAGUUAAAACAUUUCCUUAGAUGACACACAUUGUACGAGCAAAUGAUUUUUUUUUUUUACUAUUAUUAUUAUUACUUUUCCCCUGGUCUAAAUUGCAGCUACUCACUAGCUGUUGAUAAAGCUUUGUUCACCAGGUGUAGAAACAAUUCCUUGUUAACAUAUUGAUACUAGAAAAUCAGCUGCUAGCCUGCAGAAUGACAAAGAUUUAUUUCUUCACUUUUUUACCUUAUACAGCGCACACAAAAAGUGGCUACACACCAUAGUUCUCCUUCACCUCUAGGACAGCCAGACCUACUGACAACAACAAUGUAAAAGCUCAGAUCUGCCUGGGGGCUGACCACUCACCUGUCACAACUGUACCCCAACAGCCUCCCCACGCCAAGGAAACCAAGGCAAGAAAAAGCCGAGCUGUUCCACAACUGCUGCUGUGCCUGUACGCAUGUCAAGGGGUUUCCUGGGGAUCACUUUUGCCUGCUUUGUGCUUCGAAUCUGUGUGAAAGAUGAGUGAGAUUUGGACAGAGCGUGUGAAAAAUUCUAACAGGGAGGGAGGAUAUAGCCUUGUAUGAAAAGGCUGGAGACUAUCAGAGAUACAAUAUUUACUCAUCUAGCGAGAAGCUACUGCAGCUGUGGCGCUUCCCACCGAGCCUUCUCGCCAACAGGCAUCAGAAGUGGAAGUGCUAGAAAUGGCAACUGCACUAAUAAAACAGAUGUACAGCAUUGACACAAACUCACGUUUUACUACACUUGUACCAGCGUGGAAGCGGUGCCCCACGCCUUCAGGGAAGGGUUCCUGCCCAUUGCCUAGGACAGACGCUCCCAGCUCCCCACAGCUUUGGCAGAGCCAGCAAUGGUCCUGCAGGAGCGGGUCAGCAGUGCUGCAGAGAGCAGUGAGCAAAGAGCUCCUCAGAGCAGGGACUCUGCUCCCUGAUUUUUCAAAAAUGCUGUCAAGUUUGAACACUCCCUGAGAACCUAAGCAGUUUGAGCCUGAUUAACAUCACUAGAGCUGUUAAGGUUUUGACUAUAACAGCAAAAAUCUACUACUCCAUUCCAGAUUUCAAUUGAACUCUACCAAAAAGACAUGCUAACAGGACUUGGGUCUGUCUGGAUCAAGUUCCUCCCACUGCUCGAGUGAAUUUUUACUCAGAUUAGCAGACACCUUCAUUAUCCUAUUAACACUUAAAUCAUCAGCAGUAUGCUCAUUUACAAUGCAAAAUAUGAUCUUACCAGACAAAACUCUGCCUUUAAUCUGGGUACGUGCAGACCAAAGCAAAACCAAAAACCUAGGGACUGAUCCUAUCAGCAACAGCAGCAAUACAACUAAGAAUGCUGUCAGGUGCGUGGCAAUAUCUGAAUCAGUCUGAACAAUCCUUUCAAGAAGUCAUAAAAAUAGGAAAAGAGUCCUAAACAAGCACCUCAA